AUGAGUAACCUCUUUGAAGGCAGUGAGCGGGCUAUUGGUGCUGACCAAUCACUUUCUUCAAACAUCACUCUGGAUGAUUAUAUAAGGAAUAUUCUGCCUGCGCAACUAAACGAGACCUUACUCCAAAAUUUGCAAGAGCAAAACAAGAACGUUUCUAAGGAUAUAAUUGAUGAGCUGGCUAGAAGUUGGGAAUUACUAACAGAAAAGGGGGCUGACAUGGCCCGACAAUUGGCUCCUAGAACCUUGAACCCACCUGUUCAGCAAAGCUCCUUCUCAGCUUGGUCUUUUUCUCAAGGAUUGGUGUUAGGUCAAUUGAGUAUUGUUCUACUUAUGUUUUUCUUUAUAAAGUUCUUUAUCUUUAGUGAUGGAAAGAACGACGAUAGAAACCCACCAGUGACAUCUUCUGCUUCGUCAUCUUCGGAAUACGUGAAUAAGACUCGAACCAAGCUGGAAACAACAUUAGAAAGUUCGGACAUUGAUGAUCCCACUGUUUUGAAAAGGGGUGGACAAGAAGCUAAAAGCAACUACAACAACUCUAUGAACGACUCUGACUUAGAGAGGGUGUCGCUGACUGACAAAAUAUUGGACAAGACGUACUAUAAUGUGGCAACACAUCAAUCUGAAUCCCUAGAUUGGUUCAACGUACUGAUUGCGCAGAUUAUCGAACAAUUCAGAGAAGAAGCUACCAACAAAGACAAUAUCAUAAAAUUUCUUAACAGGUUCGUUGGGGAUAACUCCAUUAAUUUACCAGAUUAUCUCGGAGAUAUCAGAGUCACAGAGAUAGACAUUGGGGACGACUUCCCCAUAUUUUCAAACUGUAGGAUUGAAAAGGAAAAACAGAAACUAGAAGCAAAGAUUGACAUUGAUCUGAACGACAGGUUAGCAUUGGGGGUUGAAACGAAGUUACUCUUGAAUUACCCGAAACGAAAUUUUGCAGCGUUACCGAUAAAUUUGACAGUCGCAGUCGUACGAUUUCAAGGUUGUUUGACAGUUUCCUUAACAAAGGCGAGUGAUUUCAUCCCCCCAAAAAAUGACACUACCAGUAACUCAUCCGAAACGUUUCACACUGAGGAAGACAAUGGUUACUUUCUUGUUUUUUCAUUUUCUCCAGAGUACAAGAUGGACUUUGAAAUUAGUUCGCUAAUCGGGGCCAGAUCAAAGUUGGAAAAUAUACCCAAAAUCACAGAUGUACUUGAGUAUCAGAUCAAAAAGUGGUUUGUAGAAAGGUGCGUAGAGCCCAGAUUUCAAUUCAUCAAACUACCCAGCAUAUGGCCCAGAAGUAAAAAUGUGAGGCAGGAAUGA